UCAAAGCAAUAUCUUUCCUGCGGUUCCGCAGGCAAUGCACACCCUACUGACAUUUACGGACUCGCCGUGACCGAUAAGUUCUGCUUGUCGGCAUCUGGCUCCUCUUCUUUGAAAGUCCAUUCGACGGUUGAUUCUGACUUCCCACUGGUCCAGUCCCUUGAUAACGCCCAUAAACUUGGCUGUCAUCAUGUAGUGACCAACGCGAAAGGACUACGGGCAGCUAGCAUUGGGUUUGGGGGUGAGAUCGCGAUCUGGUCCUGCCACGACGGCGUAUGGGCGAAGGAUAGCAUCGCUUCAGUCAAUCAGACUGGGUCUGAAGGCAUCUGGGCAAUCGCCAUGUCCGAGGACGGGCAAUACCUUGCUGGUGUCAGCCAAGAUGGGCACGUCAAGGUCUGGGACCUGAAUGCCAGUGGUGAAGAGAUUCGAGACUACGAAACGAAAGGCAGCUUCGGUACCUGCAUAGAUCUGUCCGCAGAUGGUCGAUUCCUUGCUAGCGGGCAUGAAAAUGGUAGUGUCUACAUUUUCAGCACUGAAACGGGCCGCAUGCCAUUCAGUUUAUCAGGCCUUGUGAAACCCGUUAGAGCGGUUGCUUUCUCACCAGGAGGGAAGUUCCUUGCUGCUGCCGGAGAUUCAAAGGUGAUUGUGUUAUAUGACACAUCAUCUGGUGAACAGGUAGCCAAUCUAUCGGGUCAUACAGCAUGGGUUAUGUCUCUUUCAUGGAGCAAUACGGGAGAAUACCUUCUCAGCGGCUCUUUUGAUGGCAAAGUCAAGGUUUGGUCAAUCGACACUAGAGCGUGUGUAGCCACUCAUUCUGAGACUGAGAAAUCCAUAUGGAGUGUGAGAUGGCUGCCGAAGGUCGGGCGUUCGGAAGGCUUCGCCACGGCCGGGGCGAGUCGAAGUAUAUCAUUCUACCGCGAGGCUACAGGUGGUUGA